UCUGAUAAGAUUGGAAUUUGAAUCUAAAAGAAAUGAGUUCUAAAUCUCAAAAUUCGCAAAAUUUGAAUCAACAUGAACGAAAGCACAAUGACCCAAAAGGAUAUGUAUGCUAUCAUUGCGAUAAGGAGUUUACCUUCACGAGAGAUUUCACAAAACAUAAUAAAGAAGUACAUAAAGAAGUUAAACCCUAUAAAUGCGGAAAGUGUGGUAAAACGUUUCAGUAUGAAGCGGAUUUGCUUCGUCAUGAGCCGAUUCAUGCAGGGGAAAAACCUUAUAAGUGCAAGUCGUGCGAAGCAUCAUUUAAAACUCGGGACUGUUUGAGUUAUCAUAUAAGCACGAUUCAUAUCGAAAUACAUAAAUGUGAUCAAUGUUCAUGUACAUUUGCCUCUCCUAGCCACUUAGAACGGCACUUAGAAAUACAUGAAGACGAAGAAUAUAUUUGCGAGGUUUGCGGCAAAAGCUUUCUUAUAAAAAUAGACAAAGACAUGCAUAGUUUAGAACACAGAGAUAAAAAGCUAUUUAAACGUUCAGUAUGUGGCGACUUCAAAUGUAGACGCUCACUUCGUAUACAUGAGCGAAAUAAGGUUUGCGACGAAGUCCUUCGUUCCAAUCAUGACAAAAUCCUUUGUUCCAAUCAAGACAAAGAUCUUCGUUCCAGCCAUAACAAAGUCCAGCACAGAUUUAUAUAUAGUGAUAAAAAGCGGUUUAAAUGUUUGGUGUGUGGCAAGGGUUUCAUAUAUAGAAAACUACUUCGUACUCAUUUUCGUGAGCAACAUAAGGAUUACAUAAGUGAUACCUGUACGACAAGUGAAGAACAAACUGCAACUGAUAAAAAAGCAGAUGUAGAGUUAGCGAUACAUGCGCAUGUAAUUCAAAAAAGCUAAUGACAAAGUAGAAAAGACAAUAAUGACGGGUAAGCGCUAAGCAUUGCAUGAAGAGGAAUGCCAAAUACAAGCGGAAUUAGCGGAUACCGAACAGACAGAAGAGAUGAACUCGAGCAAUAGAGAGGGUCAUAAAUAAAGAGUAACGACGAUCUAAAGGCUUGAAGCGAAUCGUGGGACAAUCUUUCCCGUUGAUAGAGGAACCUAAUAUGUGAUCCGGCAUGAGAAUACAUCUGCGUAAAGGAAUGCUAUAAGGAAUGCUAUAAGAAAGGCGUGACUUGGUGUUUCGAUGCAGAAGCAAUUUCCUCCUGAAUCGACUCUCUUCUUCACGCAUGCUCAGGAACGCAUAAAAGAUAUGUAAAACGAUUGAUAAUUGUAUCGCGGUACUAUCGAAUUGCGAAUCUCAAAUAUUUUCAUGUACUAAAGUUCACAUAUAUUUUCGCGAUGCACUUUGAACACGCAAUGUAA